ACUAUUUUAGUGAAGGUAAAAAUGAUUCAGAGGACAGCAGUCUUCGAUUUGCUACUUGUCAGUUGUUAUGGAAGCAGAUCAAUUCUGAAACAGAGAAAAUACAAGAAGAACUCAAUAAACAAUUAUUUGAUAACCUAAUAAGUUUUCUGAGACAAUCUCACUCUGAAUUCCAAACAAAGAAGACAGAAUGGAUGUGUCGGAUGAAAUCCAGUGAAAUUCCUACUGCAGCUCUUGUCCUAGGUGUAAAUGUUACAGAUCAUGACGUGACAUUUAAAAGUCUCUCAGAGGUUCUUCAGGAUAACGUUACUCCUUAUGUAGUCUCACUGCAAGCCAAAGAAUGCCCAGGCAUAAAACAUCUGCUUCAGAAACUGAUGGGACAGCUAAUGGACUGCUGUGUAGAUGUGGACUCAUCUGAAGAGGAGGAAUGUGUUAACAUUUCCCAGAAAAAGAUACGCUGCUCAAUGGCUUCUCUUUCCAAAUGGUACGAGAGUGUAACAAAGAAAACAGGUUCUGAAACUCCAAGCAAAAAAAGAACUUCCUCUUCCAGGCACUGGCAAUCUCCUCCAAUUGUGGUUAUCUUCAAGGACAUGGAAAGUUUCACAACGAAAGUACUUCAGGACUUCAUAGUUAUUAGCAGUCAGCACAUACAUGAAUUCCCUCUUGUACUCAUUUUUGGAAUUGCCACGUCUCCAAUGAUCAUCCACAGGUUACUUCCUCACUCUGUUUCUUCUCUGCUGUGUAUAGAGCUUUUCCAGUCUCUUUCCUGCAAGGAGCACCUGGCUACAGUAAUUGACAAGCUACUUCUGACAACUCAGUUUCCCUUUAAACUAAGUGAGAAAGUGUUGCAAGUUCUAAUCAACAUAUUUUUGUACCAUGAUUUCUCUGUCCAGAACUUUAUCAAAGGAUUUCAGCUGUCUAUUGUGGAGCAUUUCUAUUCCCAGCCCCUCAGUGUGUUGUGCUGCCAGCUCCUGGAAGCUAAGAAGAGAGUAAAUUCUUUAUCUCACAAUCAGUGUGAAAACAUUCGAAGCCUGCCAUCUUUUAGAAGAUAUGUGGAAAAUCAAGUCUCAGAAAAACAAAUUGCACUUCUGACUGAGGACAGUUUUUUAAAGGAGGUAACACAGACAUUACUGGAAGACUUGCAUAUUUACCAUGAGAAUUAUUUCACAGUUCUGAGAUGUCUUCAUGUUUUCACAACUUCCCUUCCAAAGUACCCUUUGGGCAAACAGAUCAGAGAGCUGUACUGUGCAUGUUUGGGAAAGAGAGUGUGGGAAACAGAAGAAUAUGGAUCAGCUGUUCAGUUACUAAGGAUGUUGGCUAAGGAUGAGUUGGUGGCCAUACUUCAAAAAUGUGCGGAGAUUUUUAUAUCUUCUGGAAAACAGUUUAGCAACACGGUAGAGAAACUGGAGGAGUUCCUGGCACGAUUUCAAAAUCUGGAAGCAGAAACCAAUGAGGUACAAGAUAUGUCUGUGUCAUCACAAAAGGAACUCCAGAAGAAGACAGACCUCUAUCACCUUCAGAAGACUUUGCUGGAGUUGAAAGAAUCAAAAAGAUCUAAGAAACUAACUAAGUUUGAAAUGCUCCGGUUCGAAGUUGUUGACUUUAUAGACAGCCUGGUAAGAAGUUACCUUGCUCCUGCAGAGAUGCAGACCCUGAACGAAGUGGUGUAUUUCAACACAGCUAACACCCUCCGUGAACACUUGAAUGCUGCCCCACGGAUUGCUCUUCACACAGCUCUGAACAACCCCUAUUGCUACCUGAAAAAUCAAACUUUGAAAAGCGACGUCGGAUGCAUUUCUAAUACUGCUCCUGACAUAUGCAUAGUGUAUAAACUUCAUUUGGAGUGCGGCAGAUUAAUAAAUCUUGUUGACUGGUUAGAGGCCUUUUCAACUGUGGUAACAGCGGUUGAAGGAACAGACCCAGAUUCAGUGGCCACAGACCAGGUGGAUGAAAUUAUCCACGCUCGUUUUAUUAGAGCUGUUUCAGAACUGGAACUUUUAGGGUUCAUAAAACCUAGCAAACAGAAAACAGAUCAUGUGGCAAGGCUGACAUGGGGAGGCUGUUAAAUGAUAGAACAAGUCAAGAAAGACUAACCAAUGUAUGCACGCUGCCUAUGAAAAUUCAUUAUGGCAUGGGGAC